AUGUUUUUCAGCGAACCCGCCACGAGUCUGAUGGACUUCCCGGACAACGUGGUCGACCAGAUCUUGGGAAACCUGGGCGCCAGGUCGUUGCUGAGCCUCAAACAGACGUGCAGGUUCCUUGCGGACGCCUGCGACCGGCAUCUCUACCGCAACGUGUACUUCUACGACGAGAACAGACAGAUGAACGCGCUCCGCAGCGAGACGCAGCUGCCGCUCAAGUACACGUUCAUCCCCGUGUCCCGGAUGGGCUGGUUCGUCUCGCUGAUGGACAGAAACGCACGCAUCCCGCAGACAAUGGCGUCCAUCGUGAUGCACACGAGUCUGAACGAGCAGACCAAAAAGCUCUUGGCGCUUCUUUUCGACAGCAGCGGGGGCAGGGGCGGCGUGCGGGAGGUGCUUUUCAAAGGGCACGACGUGCGCUUCUUGUCGUACCUCUCAGACUAUAGCAGCAACGUCACGGCGUCGGUGGGGUCCCGUCUCUACGAGAACGACGAGGUGUACGACAGAGCCGCUCUGCUGGAUGGCGCCAGCCGGCCGCCGACGGCAAACACGAACAUGGGCGCCGCCGAGGCGGCCACGGUGGGCCCGCAGGCAGAGUUCGUUCCCUCGAAGAAGGUCGAGUUGGUUUCCACGCAGAUCCACUCCCCGCUGGAUGCAGACAGGGUUCUCCAGCUCAAGCUAGCGCUCUCUGGCGUGGAAAUCAGGUUUCCGAAUGCCUACCCGGAAUCUGGCUUGAGCCGCUCCUUGAUCCGCUACUGGUCCUCCUCCUUGAAAUCGUUGACUCUCGCAAACUACGCAUCCUUCCUCUACUUUGCAAACGGUCUUGCAAGCUACUCUCGCUCCCUGGACAGCUACCGCGGCGAGUUGUUUCCCAACUUGGAAACCUUGUCCAUCUGCUUCACGGAUGACAUCUCCAACAACGAGAGCAUGGGCACCGCCCUACAGCUUCUAAACUUGGCCAACGUGAAAAACUUGGAAAUCAAGUACAAGAGAAGCAUCUUCUAUGACUCCACUGCAACCAACCUCGAAUUGGUGCAGUAUUUGAACCGGAACAUCAGCUUCAGUGCUUUGAAGCAGUUCUCCUUGGUGAACUUGAACAGCAACAACAUGCUUGCCAAUAACAUCCACGAACACGAAAUCUCCGAAAAUACAAAUCUCUGCUACGCCAUCAUGGAUCAUUUGGAUCUCUUCAGCACCAAUACCGAAACACUCACCUUCCUCAACCUUUGUUUGAACACGUUCCCCGUCACUCCUAUGGUCUCAAGAAGUCCUGACACAGGUGACCCGAAAAUUUUCUACGCAAACUCCGAGUAUAUUGCCAGAAAGAAGGAAUUGUUUGAAAAAAUCUUCCUGCUGCGCAGUUUGGAGAUUUUGAUCAUCCCAGAUUUCUUGUUCAACUGGUGGCCUUUUCUCGAAGAAAACCAAAAUAUGAACUUUCAUCAGGAUAAAGGUUCGGAACCGAACAUGAUACCCAUACUUUACCGAAGAUUUUACAGCUUUGAGAGCGGAUCUGCUUUGAAUAUCAUGGACUUCCCGCCUAAUAGAUAUGGAUCCAAUUUCGGCCGUCGGCUAAACAGCUAUCUAGAUGAAAUCGUACCGAGUAUAGCUCACUUUGCACAGCUUUUGCCUCGCCUUGCAUUCCUCAACCUCGGCGGAGUGUUGCUAGAAAUACACCGUGACGCUCGAGGAGAUGUUGAAAAGCUUUCGGGCGUCUACGAUUCUUGGGUGUUUACAGAUUUCCCGAUCGGGGAAUAA